CCCGCUCCUUUUACUCUCCCUCCUCACUCCCCCCAAUCCUCUCCCUUGCAGCGCCCAUCUCCUUCAGUAACGCUUGUCUUGCUCUUCUCGCCCUUCCCUGUAGUCUCUUUUCUUUCUCGCUGUCUUUCCCUUCACACAACAUUACUGUGAUGCAACGAUACGGCGACAUUCCUUUGGACUUGAGCUCCUGGCUAGUUCCUUCUCCGUUGAAUCCUGUGCAGUCUCAUUACAGCGCUUUCCCGAGCAUCUUGCCUGUUUCUUUCCCUAUCGCGGCUCAAAGUCUUCAGGUGGGUUCAUUGCACCCCAUCAUCCCCUCGGAGGACACCACCCUUCUACUCCAGCAGCAGCUGCGACUGAUGGAGAGUCAGAAUGCCAUGAAGCAGAAGAUGCUAAUGGACGCACUGACUUCUCUGGCCUCGACCAACAUGCUGCUGCAACCUGCUGCAGUCACGAUGGCAACCCCGGUCGUUGCACAGGAGAUUGCUUCCCCCCCAAGUCAAGACAUGACCCCAAUCGACGCCGAGCAGGGCAAGAAAGGGAAGGUGAUGAAGUCCAAGAAGAGCAAGCAGACCAUGAGGAAGCGAAGCUUCUGGUCAGAUGAGGAGCAUCAGCUCUUUAUGGACGCCCUCAAGAAGUACAACGUGAACCCAAUGCGGGAGACAAAGGCGGACGGGAAGCUCUAUGUUGGGCUGGGGCCGUACGUUGCCGACAUGAUCGCGAUCGAGAUCGGGACUAGAAAUGCAGCGCAAGUCCGAUCGCAUGCGCAGAAGUACUUCCAGAAGACCUGCGUUAGUGCGCUACCAGCCAAGUGAAGUCCCGCUAGUUAAAUGCUUGUUGUUAUUCUUUGAAUCCUGACGAAACAUUCUCCCUUUCUAAUGUUAAACCUCAUCGCUCAAGUGGAGAAGACAGAGAUGCACCUUCAGCUCUCAGCACUGUUUGAAUGUCUUUUAAAGGUCCUUGCCCAAUUUUCGAACCGCAAGGUCCCGAUUUUAAUAGAUCUGUGAAAGAUA